AUGAAAGUGCUAUUAAUUAUAAGCUAUAUAUGUGUUAUAAUUUUUGGAUUGGGAACGUGGCUCAGCAUUAAUUCUUUAUAUACACAAUUACCACUAUUAGUUGAUAUUGUUCCAGAAUCAUGGAAUUUUGCAACAUAUCUAGUUACUGUUCUCCAAGGUAUUUGUCUAUUAUCAAUUGUCUAUGCAUAUUUUGCAUCAAAAUCUUCUAAAUUAAAACAAGGAAAUAUUCCAGCAACAAUAAUAUUAAUAUUUCUAAAUGCUGGAGCAUUAUUAAUGGCUGCUUUUGUAUAUCCAAAUACAGUAAUAAUUGGUGGUGAAGAACAUUCAGUUUAUUUGUUAAUAGCAAUAGCUCUUAUGUCAAUACCAUGUACAUUAUCAGAUGUCAUAUAUCUUCCUUUUAUUAGUAGAUUUAGAAAUAAUAAUCUUGUAGUAGCAUUUUUUCUUGGAAUGGGAUUAAGUGCUCUUGUACCAUCGGUAACAACUUUUGUUCAGGGAACAAUUACUACUAAAAAUAUUACAGAAACAAUAAUACUUUCAAAUGGAAAUUUAGAAAAUAUAACAAAAUUAGUAACAGAAGAACCAUUAUUUGGUGUACAACAAUUUCUUAUAGGAAUUUCUAUACUUUCUCUCUUACCAUUACUUGCUUUUAUUGUUCUUUUAAAAGUUCAUGAAAAAGAAAAAGAAUUAGAGGUUAAAUCUCCUGAUUGGCCACAUCCUGGAAUAACUUCAAGAUAUGUUGAUAACUCUCUUUCAAAGGGAAUGUUUUUAUCAUAUCUAAUUCUUGUUUCUAUAAUUGGUGCAUUACAAAAUUCAAUUGUACCAUGUAUUAUUCCAUAUUCAACAUCAAGAUUUGGUGCUAAUAUUUAUCAUAUUACAAAUACUUUGUUUGUCAUGAUUAAUCCAUUCUUCUGUUUCUUACCAUUUGUUAUUAAGAUUCGAAAAUUUAUCUAUCAUUUAGGAAUAUUUCUUAUAAAUAUUUCAGCAUUUACAGUUUUAUUUCUAUAUGCAUACAUUCCAAAACUUCAAAAAACUGAUAACUGGUUUUCACAUGCCAUUUUAUACAUAGCAACUGGAAUUUUGUCAGGAUUUUUAUCUUGGCAACGUGCUGGAAUAGGAGAAACUCUCAGAAAAGCAUCAAAAAAAAGUGGAUUAUUUUGGUGUGGUACAUUUAUACAAAUAGGAUCAUGUAUCGGAGCUAUAACAUCGAUACUCAUAACAAAUGUCUUUAAUAUAUUUGAAAGUUAG